AUGCUCGCUCUCGCUCUCCUUACCCCCUUCCUCGCCGUCGCUAGGGCCACGCUCUCGGCCUCGGACGUCGCGACCAUUCAGCAGAACCUUGCCAACGCCGAUCUUGGUGGUCUCGUCGGCAACUUUACCCCUGCGGGUCUCAUUGACGCUACCUUCAACGGUACUGCCAUCACCAUCGGCCAGAACCUCACCCAGGCCCAGGCUGGCAACUUCCCCACUCUCACCGUUAACCCCGUUGAGAACCAGACCGUCCUCAGCGACAAUGACACCUACACUGCCCUGAUGGUCGACGCUGGUAUUGUCGGCACCGACCUCUCGGGUUCCACCGAGACCCUCCACUGGCUCAUCAACGGCAUCCACCUCAACGGCACCUCGAACGCCGCUGGCCCCUUCCCCCUCAACUACUCGGACGGUAGCACCAUUGUCGAGUACGCCGGCCCCGCUCCCGCCGAGGGCUCGGGUGCCCACAGGUACGCGAUCAUCCUGUUCGCCCAGCCCGCCGACUUUGCCGCUCCCGCUGGCUUCAACGCUGGCAACACCUCCGUUGCCAACAACUUCUCGCUCACUUCGUACAUCUCGGACUCGAAGCUCGGCAACGCCGUCGCUGCCAACUACUUCACUGUCGAGAACGGCGUUGCUACCGUCACCGUCUCGACCACCCAGGCCGCCAACGCUACCAUCGCACCCGGUGCUGGCACCAACGCCACCGCCACCACCACCGGUGAGGGUGGCGCGGCCACCUCGGACGUCUCGGGUGGUGCCGGCAACGGCACGGGUGCCGGCAACGGCACGGGUGCCGGCGGUGCCGAAGCUAGCUCGACUGGCAAGUCGGGUGCUUCCACUCUCCUUCCCGGCACUGCCAUCGCCGCCCUCGUUGCCGGUGCCGUCGCCGCUCUUCUCUAA